UUUGAAAAAUUAAAUUGUGAUUUAUUUAAUGAAUUUGGAAAUUUAGUAUUGAUAUUACGAUUUGGGUAUUGAGAUUAAAUGUUGUAUUUAAGAAUAAGUAAUUAUAUUUUUAUACGUAUUUUGUCAAACCUUGUACCCGUAAUUUAUAAUUUAUCCGGAACCGACCUCUCCCGUUGCCAUCCCUGCUCGUAGCUGACGGAACACGUAGAGGCGGUGGUCUCAGUUGCUUACAGGGUACUGGAAAUUAAGGACCGAAAGAUUUCGAGGUACGUACUUUCCAUUAUACGUUGAUCAGCAAACGUCGCGAUCCCUUAAUGUAACUUUUUCUUGUUGAUUCCUUCGUCUUGAGCUUUUAGACAUGGAUUCGGUAGUUGGUUUUGAUGUGUUUCUGAUUAGUCUGAAUCGGACUCCGGUUGAAAUGUGAUUCGAUCGAUCCCCCUUUUCUAAAACUCGUGCUAUGCAUAGCGCCAUUUAGGUUGAUUUAUGCGAGGGAGACAGUGGCCGUGCAGAAUCCCUUGACAACUUUCUUGAUGGCUUAGAACCUAGCUUAGAUUUUAGAUGAAUGAAUGUGGUGGUGGAAAUUUCAUUUUCUUUGUGGGGAAGCUCAAAUUCCCCAACUUGUUUGAGAGGAAUAGCCAUUUUUCGUUUAUUUGACCUAUCGAACUUGUUAUUUCCAGUUCUCCUGCAAGAUUUGCGAGGGUAUAAGGUGGGUUUUGGUCAGCUGGUCCUGAUUGGGCUAGCUUCAUCGAUUCAAACACGGCUAUUAAAGGAGGUUCUCGUAUAAAAACGAUCAAAAGGGCAAAGUCAUGGAUGCAAGCGAGCUCCCUAAGUUCUUGAUUGCAUCUCCUUCGUUUCACGGUGGUCGUGGUGCACUUCCAUCGGCUGGUGGUCACCCGGCAGACCUUACCUUCCUUGCUGGUGGCGGUUGCUGCUAAUGUAUCUAAAGUUUUGUGCUUUUGAAGUUUCUUGAGGCAACGCAUUGAUUACUACUGGCUUAGACUACUUCUGGUUCUGUAAGGGUUCUCAGUAUAGCAAUGGUGAAUAUCAAGCAGCUCGAAGGUAGUGAUUUACCAUCCAAGUGCACCACAAAGCAAUCGGUUUGUCCACAAUUUGGUUCUCAAGGCAUUGAAACCCCAGUUUACAACAUUGGUGUGGAACCUCUCGUGCAAAACACUGGGUCUGAUGAACCCCUGCACAUAUGCAAAGAAGAACAGAGUCCACUUGAAUAUCUUCUGCUUGCAAAGUGGGAAGAGAAACUUAUAAAAGGUCAAUUCAUGCAUGACAUAACCUUGACGGAAAUCAAGAUCAUUACUGGUCGAAGCAGAUUUCUUGCUCAGUUGAAUUGUGGUUGGAGAAAGAAGAAUAUAUCAGAGUCUGCCUGGUUGAACCACCAGCAAGAUAACCUGCUCUUUUGGAUUAAACGUGGCGACAAGCUGCAUUCUGACAUUAUUCCUUCAGCUGCUGUGCCUGACGAGGCAGUCAUGAUUGCAUUUAAUGUAAAUCCAGUGGAAUAUGGGCAUGUGUAUCUGAUACCUCGUGGGUACAGAGAUCUCUGCCAUGCCCUGGAUGCCAGAUUCCUUGACAUGAUUGCUCGGAUUGCCAUUGACAUGAACAAUUGUUCUUUCCGCUUGUUUCAUGAUUGCUCUGGAUCUAGGGCUUCAUAUCCACACUUUCAGGCCUGCUACUUCCCAGAUCUUUUGCCAGUGGAGUUUGCACCUGUUGAACUUUUAUAUAGAGACGGGGAUACGGGACCUAUAUCUAUCUCAACUGUCAUAGAUUAUCCCAUCAAAACCCUUCUCCUUGAAGCCUGCUGCUAUUCCAGGAUACUAGUGGAAGUUGUAGCUGAGAUUUGUAGUUUCUUACAAGUGAACAACGUAACAUACAAUCUGCUGAUAGCCGACUGCGGGAGGAAGGUCUUUCUGUUCCUUCAGCGAAAGCCAUUUCAAAACUCUACCAACCUUUCAGCGUGGGAAUGCGGAGGUUAUUUCUUGUUCAGGUCAAGGCAAGAAUUCGACCAAAUCACAGAAACAGCCCUGCUUCUGCGUCUGAGCUCCUUCUCGGUUGAUGAUGAAUGCUUUGAAGCUGUUCGAAAGCUUGUCUGCAGUCUCGCCUGCAAAUUGCAUUGAAUAUAGCUACUAAACCAUGUUUGUAACA